CGCCCCCGUAUAAAAAAAGCGCGGGUUGGCGGGAGUUCGGCGGCUGGUGCGGGGGUAGGUCCUUUCCCCUGGGCCUUCAGGGCGGUUACCGCGGGGGAUGCCUCAGGGUGACCAGCUAUGCAGGCGUUUCUGAAGGGCCCGUCCUCCGUCAGCACCAAAGCGCCCGCAUCCAAGGAGCGAGGGGCGGCGGCGGCCGCAGGAGGCAGCGGCGAGGGCAGGAAACUCAAACCCAUCCCUUGGGUGGAGAAAUAUCGUCCGAAGUGUGUGGAUGAAGUUGCAUUCCAAGAGGAAGUUGUUGCUGUGCUGAAAAAAUCCUUAGAGGGAGCUGAUCUUCCCAAUCUCUUGUUUUAUGGCCCACCUGGAACAGGAAAGACUUCUACUAUUUUGGCAUUAGCCAGAGAACUCUAUGGACCCGAAUUGUUCCGACAGAGAGUUCUUGAGUUAAAUGCUUCUGAUGAACGUGGAAUACAAGUGAUUCGAGAGAAAGUGAAGACAUUUGCUCAGCUAACUGUGUCUGGAAGUCAUUCAGAUGGUAAGGUUUGUCCUCCUUUUAAGAUUGUGAUCCUGGAUGAAGCAGACUCCAUGACUUCAGCCGCCCAGGCAGCCUUGAGACGCACUAUGGAGAAAGAAUCUAAAACUACACGCUUCUGCCUUAUUUGUAAUUACAUCAGCAGGAUAAUUGAACCCUUAACAUCUCGAUGCUCCAAAUUCCGUUUCAAGCCCCUGACUGAUAAAAUCCAACAGCAGAGACUAUGGGCUGUUUCUGAAAAGGAAAAUGUGAAAGUUAGCAAUGAGGCAAUAUCUUGUCUUGUUCAAGUGUCAGAAGGAGACUUAAGAAAAGCAAUCACAUUUCUUCAAAGUGCUACUCGAUUAACAGGUGGGAAAGAGAUCACCGAGAAGGUUGUCACCGAAAUUGCCGGGGUUGUCCCUAAGGAAACAAUUGAUGGACUGCUGUCUGCCUGUCAAAGUGGCUCUUUUGAAAAACUGGAAACUGUAGCAAAGAAUCUGAUAAAUGAAGGGUAUGCUGCUGCUCAGCUUGUAAACCAGCUUCAUGAUGAUAUUGUUGAGAGAGAGGAUCUCACUGACAAGCAGAAAUCUGUUAUUGCAGAGAAGCUUGCUGAGGUAGACAAAUGCUUGACAGAUGGUGCAGAUGAGUACUUGCAAUUGAUCAGUCUCUGUGCUGUUGUGAUGCAGCAGCUAACUCAGAAUGGCUAGUUCUUCAGGGAGAAAUUGUGCCAGCUGAAUUUCUCAGUUCUGAUCUUCAGAUUGCUUUGAUGUUACUGCUCUCUCAAAACUGCAAUCUAUACAUGUAUUUUUGUGGUUUUGUAGUAGUAAUAGACUGCCAAACAACUGAAAAAUUCAUUCUAGGAACUGAACACUUGCUAUUUCGACACAAUCAAUGCUUCACACUUGUAGCUACACCUCACAAUUCAGAGGGCUUGAAAGAAACAGCUGGAUGAAGAAUGAGCAGGGGCUGGAUGCCACUAAUUGAGUUCUAAUACUUGCUGUCAUCUCCUAGUGGUGAGGGUCUUGGAAAUUUAAAAAAAAAAACAACCUUUCAAAA